CUCGAGAAUAAUACAGCGACGAAAAUCGCCGCAGCGAAAACCUUCACAAUGGAAUAACGGUUAUGUGAAACAUUGACACAGGAGUGAAGUGCUCGGAGAAUUAAAAUUCAGUGUCGUGCAAAAAGUAAAAGUGCGAACAAGUGUUUGGACGGAGUGAAAAUUUCAUUUUUUUGGGGAAUCAACUUCACGUCAACCGAGUCGUAGAGCCUAAGGAUAUUGUUCUCCGUAUCAACGAUGAUAAGAAAUAAAAGUGCAUAGAGUCUUCUUGCAAUGCCAAAGGAACGUGAUCAACCGUAACGAAUGGAUCAUGACAAAUUGAGUUAAUCAAUUCGUUGAUGAUUGCUAAUUAAGGAGUACGAUCGACUCAAAAGACAAGCUACCGAGUUCCGAAGGAAAGCGCCGCUUAUGAAGUGAACGUGGCUCGCAGAAGAAAUAAAAAAUGAAAAUGAUUUCCGGCGGUUGUAUGAAGUCAUUAGAAAUCGAUAAUUAUGAUAAGGAGGGUUUUCCUUACGUGGAGAUAGUGGAGCAACCCGCGAGCAAAGCUCUACGUUUUCGCUACGAGUGCGAAGGUCGUUCAGCGGGUAGUAUACCAGGUGCAAACAGCAGUUCGGAGUACAAGACAUAUCCAACUAUAAAAAUAUGCAAUUAUCAGGGUCGGGGCAUCGUAGUGGUUUCGUGUGUAACAAAAGAUCAACCUUAUCGACCGCACCCCCAUAGUCUCGUGGGUAAAGGGACGUGCAAAACAGGAGUGUGUCGAAUGGAAAUAACACCUGGACAUCCGAUAGUGAGCUUCGUCAAUCUCGGAAUUCAAUGUGUCAAGAAAAAAGACAUUGCGGAGGCAUUAAGCGUACGUGAGGAAAUACGAGUCGAUCCGUUUCGGACGGGUUUCGAUCAUAAACGGCAACCAUCGAGCGUCGAUCUCAACGCCGUUAGAAUGUGUUUCCAAGUGUUUGUCGAGGGUAGAGAGGGCAAAAUAAACGUUCCUUUGCAGCCCGUCGUCUCUCAGCCGAUUUACGACAAAAAAGCAAUGUCCGACUUAAUGAUCUGCAAAUUGAGUCAUUACAGCGGAACUGUUGCCGGCGGCAUGGAAAUGAUAAUGCUUUGCGAAAAAGUUGCCAAGGACAAUAUACAAGUGCGAUUUUUCGAGAAACGGGACGGCCUUGAAGUCUGGGAAGGCUACGGCGACUUCAAAUCUAUCGAUGUUCACAAACAAACUGCGAUUGCAUUCCGUACACCGAGUUACAGAUAUCAGGCGAUCGAAGAACCGUUGCCAGUUUACAUUCAGCUGAAGAGACCCUCCGACGGUGCGACGAGCGAACCAUUGCCUUUCCAGUAUUUGCCACUCGGCGCGGAUGACCACGACGCUCUCAGGAGAAAACGUCGCAAAUUCGGCGGAAGCCCCCGUGCGCAGGUUCUACGAGUCAUCCAAGCGGAAGCCGAGAGCCAAGGUAUUCCAAUGAACGAACCAAUCUUCGAGUGCAACACCGAUCCAGUGAGACUCGAGGCACGAGUCCAGUCGUUUCCCGGUAGGGGGGUCGGACUCGCUUUUACCGAGGGCGUACAUUCGAUGGUCGGUAACGUUGGGACUCCGAUUCAAUCGCCAACGAACCUCCUCGACACCUCAGUACCUUCUUACGGAGAUCAAGACUCGCCGGUCAGUCUACCCUCUCCAGCCGUUGGCUACUCCGUUUACAAUGCCAUGCACGGUGGAGCCAACCACCCUGCCAGCAUCAUCAACGAAGAAUUUGAAUCAGCCCCGAACAAUCAAGGCUACCCUUAUCAUCAGCAAUCUUUCAACAGACAUCAAGUGGACAGUUCACAGUUUUCCAACUGCUUUCAGCAGCAAUAUUCUCACCGGCAACAGGCUCCUGCUCUCCAGAAAUUGACUACGUCGCAACAAACUCAGCCCCGCAACGCUCAUCUGCUGGGCCUCGAAAGCACCAUCAACGAAAGCGAUUUGCUGGACAUUCCUGGCUCGAAUCAAGCGAGUUUUGACACAAGCCUCAAUCAAUUGGAUUCCGCUGAAUUGGCGGCCUUCAGUGUCGCACUCUCGGAAACUUUUUCAAGUGGACUUUCCAUAAUCGAUCAUCCAGUGAAAAUUGAAAAUAACAUCGCAACGGGAACGUUACCUGUUAGCGUUGGAGCCGCUGCUUCUUGGUGUGACGUUUAACGAUCGUCCAUUAAAGAUCGAUUUGUUCAAGGACUCUCCAAGAGGUGGUGUGCUUCGACGGAGCAAUCAUAGCUUUAUGAGUAUUUAAUUAUUGAAUUUUUUUAUUUGUUCAUUGAUCCUGUUACUUUGUAUCACAUUCCAAGAAACGUUCGAUUUCUCAAUUUUCACUGCAUCGAUGUCAUAAUUUUUUGUAUAGUUUCCAUGCAGUAUAAGAUUUUAUAGAUGUAAACAUAUACAUCAUUAAUUUAGAGAACGAACUCUGUUUUUCCGUUCUAUUUAAUUUGACCAAAAUGCCUCGAGAAAUGUGAAAAGCUCAGCCUAAAUAUUGGCAUUUAAAUACGCUAUGAAAAAAAAAACUGAUCGAAUAAAUCAUGCCUCUAUUAUACAGGGUUGAAGUAAAUUUAUAUAAUCACUAUAAUAUUGUUAAGUAUGAAACGAAUAUUCUAGUUUUCUAUGAUUUUGUAUGGCCUGAGCGAGAACACCGCUCAAUGAAAUCUUCCAACAACGACUGUUAUCGAAACGCCGACUUUUUUCUUCGUGUGUAUACAAAUAUUUCAUUGCAAUAAAAGUAAACCUCAAAAGAGA